GCAAGGUUCAGCUGCUGCUGCCUGGAUACGCGGUAUUGGGAAUGUAUAGAAAAAUACAGCUAGGAUAAAAGCUCUCAGCGCACAGGAGGGCGGAACAUGAAUGAAUCAAGAUUUAUUUUGUAAGAAAACUAUAAAACGAGCCGACUCAUGAAAAGGAGGAGCAGCAUGGCAGAAUAAGAGGAGCGACGCUGCCGCUGUAGCUACCUGUUUAAGCCGAUCGCACGCACGCACGCGCGCGCGCGCGAGAGAGAGAGAGAGAAAGCAAGCAAGCGAGAGAGAGAAGGACGCGCGUGCCGAAUAUAUGCGCGUUGAUUCUGCUGUUUUUACAUCAUGACGACCGGACAGGAUGAAAGUUCUGUACGAGUGGCUUUAAGGAUCCGUCCUCAGCUGGCAAAAGAGAAGAUUGAAGGAUGUCACAUUUGCACAUUUGUGACCCCUGGAGAGCCCCAGGUGAUUCUGGGAAAGGACAAAGCCUUCACCUACGACUAUGUGUUUGACAUGGACUCCCAGCAGGAUGCCAUCUACAGCAACUGCACUGAGAAGCUCAUUGAAGGCUGCUUCGAGGGCUACAAUGCCACGAUCUUCGCAUACGGUCAGACUGGCUCAGGGAAGACCUAUACCAUGGGCACGGGUUUUGACGUGAGCAUCAACGAAGAUGAGCUUGGCAUUAUCCCACGUGCAGUGAGCCACCUCUUCAGGGGCAUCGAGGAGAGGAAGCAAGCCGCAAGGGAGCAGGGAUGCCCUGUGCCCGAGUUCAAGAUCAACGCCCAGUUCUUAGAAUUGUAUAAUGAAGAAGUGCUGGACCUGUUUGACACUACACGGGAUGUAGAAGCCAGAAAGCAGAAAUCGAACAUUAAGAUCCAUGAGGAUGCCAGUGGAGGGAUCUACACAGUGGGAGUCAGCACACGCACAGUCUCCACUGCAGCUGAGAUGAUGCAGUGUUUGAAGCUGGGCGCUUUUUCCCGCACUACCGCCAGCACACAGAUGAACGUCCAGAGCUCACGCUCCCAUGCCAUCUUCACCAUUCACCUGUGCCAAGUCCGGGUCUGUGCCUCCAGCAAUAACACCGAGACCGACAACAGGCUGGCCAAUGGCUCCUCAGAAAUGAACGAGUUUGAAACGCUCACCGCCAAGUUUCACUUUGUGGACUUGGCUGGCUCAGAGCGUCUGAAGAGAACAGGAGCGACGGGGGAUAGAGCUAAAGAGGGCAUCUCCAUCAACUGUGGACUGCUCGCUCUGGGUAACGUCAUCAGCGCUCUGGGAGACAAGAGCAAGCGCUCAACACACGUGCCGUAUCGUGACUCAAAGCUCACCCGUCUCCUGCAGGACUCUUUGGGAGGGAACAGUCAGACAGUGAUGAUAGCCUGUAUCAGCCCCUCGGACCGGGACUUCAUGGAAACCCUGAACACUCUGAAGUAUGCUAACCGGGCACGUAACAUCAAGAACAAGGUCAUGGUGAAUCAGGACCGAGCCAGCCAGCAGAUCAGCGCCCUCAGGACUGAGAUCGCACGGCUGCAGAUGGAGCUCAUGGAGUACAAGACGGGUAAGCGCAUGAUAGGCGAGGACGGCCUGGAAAGUGUUAACGAUAUGGUCCACGAGAACACUAUGCUACAGACGGAGAACCAGAACCUGCGUAUCCGUGUUAAGGCCAUGCAGGAGACCAUCGAUGCUCAGAGAGCUCGACUAACACAGCUGCUGACUGAACAGGCCAACCAGUUCCUCGCUAAAGCAGGUGAAGGAAAUGAGGAAAUUGGCAACAUGAUCCAGAAUUAUAUCAAAGAAAUUGAGGAGCUCAGGGCCAAACUGUUAGAGAGUGAGGCAGUCAGUGAGAGCCUGCGUAAGAACCUCAGCCGUGCUGCCACACGUUCCUCUCUAUACGGAGGAAGCACCCCGUUCCCCCUCGGCCCAGAGAAGGAGGCAUCUGACAUAAUCGAGAUCGCCAAGAAGAACCUGGAAAAACUCAAGAGGAAAGAGAAGAGGAAAAAGAAAAGACUACGGCAGAUGGCAAAAUGUGCCUACGACGACCCUGACAAAGACAGUGUCAUUAAAGAGGAGGGGCCUGACAAUGACCAAGACAAAGAGUCCUCAGACAGAACCAUUGAGGAGCCAGAGGGAGAAGGAAGCGAUCAUGAGGAAGGAGAUGACUGUGAGGGAGAGGAAGAGGAGGAUGAGAUGGAGGCAGACGAGAGCUCGGAUGAGUCAGACUCAGAGCUGGAUGAGAAAGACAGCGUCCAAGAAGAUCUGGCCAACAUUACUUGUGAGAUCGCAAUUAAACAGAAGCUGAUCGAUGAACUGGAGAACAGUCAGCGGCGUCUACACACACUGAAACAGCAGUACGAGCAGAAACUCACGAUGCUGCAGAACAAGAUCCGAGACACGCAACUGGAGAGAGACCGGGUGCUGCACGGCAUGGGCUCGGUGGAGUCGGGCACGGAGGAGAAGGCGAAGAAGAUCAAGGCGGAGUACGAGAGAAAGCUGAGCUCAAUGAAUAAGGAGCUGCAGAAACUGCAUUCGGCUCAGAAGGAGCACGCACGCCUGCUAAAGAACCAGUCACAGUACGAGAAACAGCUCAAGAAGCUCCAACAGGAGGUCUCUGAGAUGAAGAAGACGAAGGUUGGGCUGAUGAAGCAAAUGAAGGAGCAGCAGGAGAGGAGCCGUGUCUCAGAAACCCGCCGCAACCGGGAGAUCGCAACGCUCAAGAAGGACCAGCGGAGACAGGAGCACCUGCUACGGCAGCUGGAGGCUCAGAAGAGACAACAGGAGCUCAUCCUGCGCAGGAGAACAGAAGAGGUGACUGCUCUGAGGAAGCAGGUUCGACCCGCCUCAGGAAAGGUAAACCGGAAGAUCAGCUUGCCUGAGCCUUUACACGAGCCUGCUGCACGUUUCGGACCCACCCGAACGCAAACUGCUGGGAGUAGUGCACCUAACGGAACAAGGAAAUACCAAAUGCGGUCAGGGGCGGUUUCCUCAACCAAAACAGCACGGGCCAAAUGGCAGUCGUUGGAUCGCCGUGUCAGUGACAUCAUCAUGCAAAGGAUGACCAUCUCCAACAUGGAGUCAGAUAUGAACCGUCUCCUCAAGCAACGGGAAGAGCUGACCAAGCGCAAAGAGAAGGUGUUUAAGAAAAGGGAUAAGACUGUAGCAGAGGGCACUGACACAGACAGGACCAUCCAGUCUCUCAAUGAGGAGAUGGAGUCUCUCACAGCCAACAUUGACUACAUCAAUGACAGCAUUGCUGAAUGCCAAGCCAACAUCAUGCAAAUGGAAGAAGCUAAGGAGGAGGGUGACACAGUGGAUGUCGCUGCUGUGAUCAGCUCCUGCACUCUAUCAGAGGCCCGCUUCCUACUUGACCACUUCCUCUCUUUGGCCAUCAAUAAGGGCCUGCAGGCAGCACAGAAAGAGUCUCAGAUCAAAGUAAUGGAGGGCCGGCUGAAGCAAACAGAGAUCAACAGUGCCACGCAGAACCAACUUCUCUUCCACAUGCUGAAGGAGAAAGCUGAGCUCAACCCGGAGCUGGACGCUCUACUGGGGAACGCUCUGCAAGAGCUAGGUAACACAGCAGAUGGGUCGUGGGGGAGCCUGGAGCCUAUCCCAGGGAACGAAAAUGGUGAGGAGAGCAGCAGUGAUGAAUCUGACCGGAGUCCAGCUACUGAGGGCAGAUCUUUGGCCUCAGACUUGAUGAAGUUGUGUGCAGAGUCCAAACCCAGGAGUAAGGCUCGAAGAAGAACCACCACCCAAAUGGAGCUGCUGUAUGCCAACAGCGCCGACCCUGAUGCCCCUGUGGACGAUUUCUCAGCUCCUCUUUUAUCCAUUUCUGAAAGCUCAGAGGGCAUUGCUGCCCUAGUGUCUUCUUCAGUAGACAGAGACCUGGCCACAAAUUUGUCAUCCAGAACAAGUCUUUUAUCUGGUGUCAGGUCUCCCACGAUGAUGGAGAAGACAUCAGCAGAACGCUCACCUCUGACACGCAGGACAAAUCAGGAAAGGAGUCAGACGUCCACAGACAAGCCCAAGAGUCAAGACCCAAAACAAUUUGAUCACCCUGUUGUUUUAGAGGCUCAAAGAGGCGUGAUCAACCCUGUGCCGUGCCCUAAGGGCAGUCGUACAACCAAGCUUCAGUGUGUGUAUGCAGCAGAAGGACACACUAAAGCCCUGAUGUGUGUGGAUUCCACUGAUGAUCUACUAUUUACCGGCUCGAAGGACCGGACAUGUAAGGUGUGGAACCUGGUGACAGGACAGGAGAUCAUGUCCCUUGGUGAUCACCCCAGCAGUGUUCUGUCUGUCAGGUACUGCUCCAGCCUCGUCUUCACCAUCUCCACCAACUACAUCAAAGUGUGGGACAUCAGGGAUUCGGCCAAAUGCAUCCGUACACUCACGUCCUCUGGUCAGGUGUCUCAGGGUGAUAGCUGUGCUAAUCUGGGCAAUCGAGCUGUUGCUAUCCCUCCUGGUGAGAAUCAGAUCAACCAGAUUGCCCUGAAUCCUUCUGGAACGUUCCUAUAUGCUGCAGCAGGCAACGCAGUCAGGAUGUGGGAUCUGAGGAGGUUUGUUUCUACAGGGAAACUGACAGGUCAUCUGGGGCCAGUAAUGUGUCUAGCAGUGGACCAGCUGGGGAAUGGUCAAGAUGUGGUCAUUACAGGCUCCAAAGACCAUAGUCUAAAGAUGUUUGAUGUCUUGGAAGGUGCUCAAGGAAGCAUUCCUUCUACUCAUAACUUUGAGCCAGCCCAUCAGGAUGGCCUGGAGGCCCUGGGUAUUCUGAGAGACUCCGUGUACAGCGUAGCCAGAGACUGCAUCCGGAAAUGGGACCUGUCUAGCAAACAGCUCAAACAGCAGGUUGACCGGGCACACUCUGAUUGGGUAAGCGCUCUGGCGGUGGUACCGGAUUCCAGGAUUUUACUGAGCGUGUGCAGAGGAGGUCUCCUGAAGCUGUGGCACUCAGACACACUCAGACCCCUGGGGGAACUGAGAGGACAUGACUGUGCCAUCAACGGCAUCUCCACCAACAGCACUCAUCUGUUCACUGCCUCAGAAGAUCGGACAGUGAGGAUCUGGCAAGUCAAAGGCUCUCUGGAUGACGGGCUUUACUGACUCAAACACACGCUGUGACUCAGAAACUGAGAGUAUGGUUUGCACAAGAGAAGAAACCCAGCAUUCUUUGUCGGCAGUUUGGUUCCCUGAAAGUUUGCUAGUUUCCUGCUAGUGUGCGUGCGAUGGCUGUGUCCCCCCCCCCCCCCCCUCAACAUACAGCAUUGCUUGUGUGCAUCUUUAACUGCCAGAGAAGAAAAGCUGAUCAGCAUUCCUCCGAAAUUGCCCUGCUCCUGAGCACUGCCAACAGUCUUACCUGAAUUUAGGUCACAUGCUCAUAGCUGGCUGGUGCAAAAACCAAAGCUGGGCUUUGGUGCUCUAAGGGCAGUACAACUGGCUCUAAAACAUAGUGAAGACUUAUUAAAACUUUUUUGAAUGUGUAUGAACGUGAUUUCAUGUUGACUGAACAUGACCGACAUGCUCUUAAAUGAAACCUUAAGCAAACCUUGAUGUCAGUUCUCUUUAAUGGUCGAUGUCCAAAGUGAAAAGUGUUGCCGUUAAUCUCAGCAGUGAGAGCUCCUGCAGCGUAAACACAAAGAAUCUGUAACUUCAUUACUACUGGUACAAAUACUUGGGCACCCAUGUGUUUUAGUUUUACAAACUGUCUUAUCUACUGUAUUUGUGGUGUACGUUAGUGUGUCUGAUGUAUGAAGUGCUGAUCUUUAAUUGUGCAUACACUUUUGUUUGGAUAGUGUUUAGAUGUACAGUACAUGGGAUCACUGACUGUAACUUAAUCACUGUUUUAACUGUCUGUUCUGUCUGGAUAAAACCCCAGGUCAAUACAAAUCAUGUCUGAAAGGA